AUGGUUAAUAAUAUCAUGCACGAGUACGUACCACCCAGUCAGCGGCUAUUCCAUAGCAGGCAUAGAAUAACAAGAAACGAUUUGAAAGAAGAGGCCCUACAUUCCGGGACCACAGAUUGGACAACAAUUCUGGACACAACAAUAGAUAAAGAUACUAAUCUCAUUAGUUAUGCUGUCCCCAUAAUAGACAACUUUGCCAUUCCUCGAGCAAACUCUCAGGGGAGUCCUGUGGCCCCUUCGCCGAAUCACAGAUCAACGAUGUACUCUUCUUCAUCUUCUUCUGCGUCUUCUGUGUUUUCUGAUGGUUUGUUUACUCCAAACAACAACAGGAACUCAUCAGGAUCAUCUUCAUUAGUCAUUAGACCACAAAAAAAUUUGAGUGUAGAUUCUUUGAUUCAGGAAAAUAAAAGGAAAAUCAAUAGUGAAAAAGAAUCGUUAUCAUUAAUUGCCAAUAAUAACGAUGAAACCUUGUGCACUCAUACUGAUCCAUCCAUACAAAACCUCAUUAAAUCGGAAACAAAGAGGAACAUCUUAAAUUUAAAGUUUCAAAAUAGAAACUUAUUUCGAAGAGAACUAAAAUUGGAAAAGUUUUGGAGCAAUUUGAGAAGUUGUCAUACAUCUGGCGAUGAGACGGACCUGCUGUUGGUGAUAAGUAAGCAUAACUUAUAUUGGUUUGGGAUACCGAACGAUUUUCGUCUUCCAAUAUACAAGAGAUGUUUAUAUCACUAUAGCGAACUAGACGAAGCCGGAUUUUUCAGUCAGUAUGCGAACAACUCAUUGUAUCUAGCAAUAAGGAAAUGUUGUAACAACGAAGAGCAGGAAACUCUAUCCCGGUCUAUUUUCAUCAAUUUGACGAAAAACGUUACCUGGUUGAAUAGUCGUUUCGAUGACAAUAAGGACAACAAGAAUUCUUACACGGUUACUGAGGGGAAGUUCUAUCAGGACUUUCCUAACUUAUACUACCAUUUAAAGGACAAGUUGAAAUUAAAUGUGAUAAUGGAUUUCAUCAAGCCUGUAAUAAGAAAUUUUAUGACCAACGCAUUGAAUAAGCACAAAUUAGAUGGUAUUGGUCUAGAACUUUUAGAUAUUCUAAUAGUGACUACCUAUUAUGGUCCGAAUAAAAUCAAUGCUUUCUUAAUGGAUACAUUUAUCUUAAACUUGCUAAAACAGUGCCAUUACAAGUUUUUUGUCAGUAAUAUCUCUGAGCUGGUUAUUCAAAUUUCUAAAAUCGAUUGUGACUUAGUCAUUCUGCUAGAAGAUUUAAGGUCACGGAUUGAUUUAGAUUGA